AUGGAGAGAUUUAAUGCAAAAGGAGAUAGGCAUCAUGAACCCAGUCCCUGGCUGCCUCUGAAAAACCUGCCUUUGUGCCUGUCUAUUGGCUGUGAAAUGGACAGGAAAGUGGAGACAUAUGACACUCUUUCUCAUAUUUUUAUGCCGUAUGAAGAUAUCAGCACAUCUGUUCCAGGAUUCCAACCAAGGAUCUCUGACAUCCACACAGUUCUGCAGAACAAAUCCCUCAACAAGCAAUGUGAAAUUGUGGACAAUAUCACCCAACUGCAGAAAACACUGGAAAUCUACCACCAGCAAAGAGAUGAUCUCCAAGCAAAGAGCACAAACCUCACAAAUAUUAUGAACAUGAAAGGAGAUAAAUGCAGACCUUGCCCAGAGAGUUGGAUUCAGCAUGGAGAGAAGUGUUACCAUUUUUCUAAGGACAUGAAAACAUGGCACAAGAGUAAAGAAUACUGCUCUUCUUGGGGAUCCCUACUGCUUAAAAUAGAGAACAAGAAAGAGCUGUUUUCCAGUAAAGAUACAAGAGCCUGGAGAAAAAUGUGCACUUUUCAAAGCUGAGGAAGCCUUCUCCCAUAACUGUACAGGCCAAUAUCGCUGUAUUUGUGAAAAGAGGGCUACUCGGCAAAAGACUACUGAAUUGGCACAAGGAAGAUAACAGUAUUCAUGGUGAUCAUAACCGGGGACAUUCCAAAGGGAAAGAGAAUUCACCCCUUGAGUUUGCAGAGUUGCCACCUUGAGCUGGGAUACUUCAUCUGUUAGA